UCUGAGCCGUCCGACAGGCACAGGGUGUUUGACAGCUCCGACAGAAAAUGCUCGAAAAGCAACAUGCAAUGGAAGAAGCUGAACUUGUAAACACUGUCCACCGCUCGCUUGAUGGGAUUUCUCGAGCAGACCGAUCAUCGUUCGGUAGUUAAAAUAGCAAAGUUAAAGUAAUUGAAACGAAAGUUGCCGUGCAACCAGCAAACCGCAAACCGUCGGACGGCCUUGACGUCAGGCUGUCAGGCGCGUUCGCGCUCUCGCCUCCCCCGUAGCUCGCGUGCUUAUCACGAAAUUCCUCACCAAUCGAUAUGUUGACAAACAAGCUGUAAAAUCCAACAAACACACAUAUACACUCAUACGCACACGUACGCCCUUUUCCCAUUGUGCUUUAAUUUUCACUGCCAGUGAGGGCGAUUUAGCGUGGCAAGGGCUAACACAAUGGACGCUGCAGCAUUACGGGCAGUUUGGUGAGUUUUGCACAAACCCACGCACACACACACGCACAGGGGGAAACGAGUGAAGCAGGAUGAGCGAUCGGCAGAAUGGGGUCAGUGCGGUGACACAUCGCCAUCGGUCCCGCAGCACCGAUCGGCUGGUGGCGGCGACGGGCGGCGAACGGCUCGCGAGCGGGCAGCGCUGCCCGAGCGUCCCGAACCUGGUGGACCAUGAGUCAGAGAUGGCCUUUGUGAUGCAUCGCUGCAGCAGCGGAAGCAACAGCAGCAGCCACAACAGUGCCAGCAAGCGCAUACCUCCGUUCAACUACCACGACGGCACAAAUCCGCCCCCCGCCACGGCGCAGGCAACGUCAGCGGUGGCCCCAAAGAAAGGGGGAGUGACGCCCACCGUGAUCACCACCACCACCACCACCGCCGGUCCGGUCGAGUACGGCGAUGUGCUGCAGGUGACGCCACCCGCCCGCCAGCGCACCGUCCCGAUCGGCUUCCUGGACGAUCUCGUGCCGCAAAAGGGGCGUCGGCUGCGCAAACACUUCAACGAGCUGGAACCGUUCGACGGGCAGUGCCGGUUCUGGACCGAUUCGCCGCUGGAGCGGAUCCACCCGGAGCAGGGCUGCAUUCCGAUCCUUAAAGCGGUCUACUUUUCGCGCAACAACAACGAUCUGGACAAGGAAAAUGCGCACUUCAAGCUGGCGGAGGCGCUCAUCUCGACGUUCGAGCUGCUGAAGUGGAAGUCCUGCCUCAACCGGACCGCGAGCGACCUGUCCGACUGGGAGGCCGGCAGUGGGGCGGCCGGUGACAGCGUCGGCGGGGGCGGCAGCAGCCGCCGGGAGGGCACGGAGCAGGCGGGCCGGGACGCGGACGGCACCGACACGGACGAGAGCUGCGAGGCGAUCGAGGCGAAGGAAAGCGUGUACGACGAGCGGACCUACUCGGCGGAGGAGAUCGCGAUCAGCCUGCUCGGCAAGUUCCACGACAAGCAGCUGCCGUCCGCGUGCGACUUCCUCUGGCUGGUGUCGGAGCAGGACGCACCGCAGAAGCUGCUGCCGAUGCCGAGCGGCGGCGUGAUCGAUCCGGACGAGCAGCAGCAGGCGCACGAGGGCGCCGGCACACUGAUACGGGGCACGCAGGAGUGGGCACCGCCCCGGCCGCAGGUGAUCUUCACCUACCGACCGCCACCACUCGAACGACGGGCACAGAUCCAGCGGCAGGGCAAUCGGUGCGAAGGGUGCGGCAUUAAGGUGCAUCCGGCCUAUCUGAGCCGCUAUCGCUACUGCCACUACACCGGGAAGUACAACUGCUCCGGGUGUCACAAGAACCAGAUGGCCAUCAUCCCUGCGCGCGUUAUACAAAGGUGGGACUUUACCGUGCUGCCCGUGAGCGUGUUCGCUUACCGCGUGCUGGGCGACAUCUGGAGCACGCCGCUCUACCGCGUCAACCACCUGUGCCCGGACCUGUACGGCAGCGUGAAGAGCCUGCGGGCGGCCCGGCUGGCCCGCGUCAACGUGAAGUACGUGAAGGACUUUAUCAUGAACUGUCGCCACUCGGAAAGCACGCGCCGCUGCUUCCAGGAGGUGCCGGAAUACUUUACCUCCGACUUUGACAUGUGGUCAAUGGCGGACUUGCUGGCCGUUAAGAGCGGCACCCUGCAGCGGCUGCUGCUCUCCAUCGUAAGCCGCUGCGAGCGUCACAUCCUUGCGUGUGAGCUUUGCCUUGGCCGAGGGUUUGUGUGUGAAAAGUGUAUCGGUGGCAGGCGGCAGGAACCGGGCGUCCUGUUCCCGUGGCAGCCGCACGUAGUGCGUUGUGAGCAGUGCGGCACCCGCUACCACGAUGGGUGCUGGCGCCGCGAUCGAAGCUGCGAAAAGUGCACCCGGAUGCAGCGGCGGGCGACGGAAAAACGGCUAGCGACGACGCAGCGUGACUAGGCACGCGCCCGGUUGCUCGAGAGCACGUUAACACGCACACACACACACACGACACGACACGACGUCACGACAAGCGACAAAUCUCAAAUACCUCUGUGUGGCACUAAACAGCCAACGAGCGUGUACAGGGUUUUCCAGGGGUUCUCAUAGUUGUGGGACACUUCCUAUACUCUUUCCCAUUGGAAGUGAACUUCAUAUG